UCUAUUUAAGUCUAAGUUAUUAGAAAGUGAGAAUUUAAUACCUAUAAACUAGUUUCACUGUGUGAGUCCUGAGUCGGACCGGCUUUAGGACCCAGAGAGCAGCGGUCACAGUCCGGGAGGUAAAUAUAGCGCGCGGCUGCUGAUCGGAGCAGUUGGGGGUCAAGAGGAGACCUGAACGGACUUGAACGGACCUGGACGUCCUGAACGGACCGGAUCCCCCUGAUCCGCCUCCAGCCUGCAGGACCGAACAACCGCAUCAGCUGCAGGUGUGCUUACCUGUGAACAUCAGCGCUGCAGUAAGGAAGCCUGUGAGGCUCGGCUCUGCAGGAUGCUGCAGCUGUGUAAAGUCACCAGCGCUCUGUUCAUCAGUAACGCGCGCUCCGCCUGCAGCGACGAGCUCCUCCAGCAGGAGGCGGUGACGCUCUGCAUCAACGUGUCGAAACAGCAGCCGUUCCCGUCCGCCGCCAUCACCAAGCUGCAGAUCCCUGUCUACGACGACCCCGCCGAGAACCUGUACGCCCACUUCGACCGCUGCGCUGACGCCAUCCAGAAAGAGGCGAACCGCGGCGGCCGCAGCGUCGUUUACUGCAAGAACGGACGCAGCCGCUCGGCCACCGUGUGCAUCGCCUACCUGAUGAAACACCGCAGGCUGACGCUGACCGACGCGUUGCAGAGAGUGAAGACGGCUCGACACCAGAUCGAUCCGAACCCCGGCUUCCUGUCGCAGCUGCAGAGAUAUGAGCAGGAGCUGAAGAACAGACGAGGACAGAGAGACUGACAGCCAGAUGUCUGUCUGAAGUUCAAUCAGUCAGUUUAAGAAUAUUUCAAACAUUAUAUUUCAGAGAUUGUAGUUUCAGUGCUGCAGCAGCUGCUUUGCAAACGUCAGCAAAAACUUUAGAGCAGAUUAAAUUAAAUAUGGUAGAAUAAAAAGAGUAAAUUAGAGAUUAUAAUGAAUUUACAUAUAAGUGGGAGACAAUAUUA